UCGUAGAUUCAACAGCUUCGUAAAAUGUUCCUAACCUCACUUUACCUAAGCUAACCUCACACGAUGAAGUUUUAAAAAGAAUAUCCCAUGUACUCGUGGUUAAAUUACUGCAAACGAUAAUUUGAAACCACUUGUGGUUAGCAAUAAGCUAAAAGUAAACUUCUGAACGAAAUCGUCAGAAUGAGAGUAAAAGUUCUGCGAUUGUAUAAAGACUUGCUCAGGUACGGACAAAACUUGCAAUACACCGAUCAAGAAUUGUUCAAAAGAAAAAUAAAGGGAAAUUUUCGAAGAAGCAAAGAUUUGUCGGAUCAAAAAGAUAUCGAAUUUCAACUACAGAAAGGAUUGCAGUUGCUGAAAGACAAGAGAGUGAUUUAAACGUUAUUGAAUUCUUUUGCACAACCAUGUUUCU